AUGGUGCGGACAUAUAACUUCAAUCCAUCAAUGCAAAGCUCAGUAAACCUGACUGGUUUACCCAAGGUCAACUUUAAUAGCUAUACUAUGAUGCCAAAGACACCUAUACGGUAAGAAGACCAAAAUUUUCAAAAAAUUUUUGUUUUUCAAAUUUUUGUAAAUUUUAAAAAUAUUUUAAAAUUUUAGACAAGACGUACAGUACCAAAAGUCUCCAGAGAUCUUAAAAGUAAAGCCAAUGCAACAAGCUAGCCCUAAUUUCAUUAAAGUUCAACGACCCUGCCCGUUAGAUCAACCUGGAUAUUAUCGUAGCUUAGAGUCGUUACAUGGUGACUAUAGUCGACAGAACUCUAGCUACAAGUUCGAUGAUAAAAACAUGGGGUUGUCGUCUAAAAAUGGUGAGCUUACCCUACCCUGCCCUACCCUACCCUACCCUACCCUACCCUACCCUACCCUACCCUACCCUACCCUACCCUACCCUACCCUACCCUACCCUACCCUACCCUACCCUACCCUACCCUACCCUACCCUACCCUACCCUACCCUACCCUACCCAAUGCCUUGCCUUGUCUUGUCUGAUCUGUCAUGUUUAGUCAUUUCCUACCUUAUCCUGCCCUACUGUUCCCUAUUUUAAACUUACUCUGCCCUACUUUUAAGUGCCAAAUCCAACGCCUACAUUACUCUUUACAGCCUCAAAAUCGACCAAUAACCUGACCAAGCUGGAUUUACCUUCAAAUUCCUUUGAUAACAACACUACUCUGCUUGGAGUACAGAGUAUUACAGUAAAUGGUCAGAAGUAUUAUCGACCAUUAGAUCCGGAAUCAAAUCGAGUUUUAAACGAACAAUUCAACGUUUUGAAAGGUGGUCCGACCGGUCGAUAUGGAGACAAUUUCAACGACUUCGAUGCUGCUUUCAAGGCUCUGGGUAAGGUUACUGUAAUGAUUACUGUAACAAUUUAGAUACUAUAUCUUAAGAUGUACUGUAACAAAAAUAAUACUUUGUAAAAAGUACUAUAACAAAAACAUUAUACUACAAUGAAUACAAAAGCAAAGGUACUGUAACAGGUACUGUAACAGACAUACCGAACAUACUGUAAUGGAAGGUUUUAGCUAUGGCAGUGGAAGAAAACAGAAGAUCAGCAAAACAAGACCAACAUGGUCAAUAUAAUAAUGGUAAUGGAAACAAGGCUGUUCACAAUGAACCUAUAAACAAUUUGAAUGAUCAAAAAGUGGGUUUGAAGUUGAACUUACCUCAAAGUUGGCAGCAGCAAAAUAAGGUAAGGGAACUGACAAAUGUUCAAGUUUUCUAGGUUUUAUAACGAUUUUUAGGUUCAAAAAAUGCAUUUUAGGCUCAAGAAUUGAGUUUUAAGCUUAAAAUUGCAAUUUUAACUUAAAAAUGAAAUUUAGGCUUAAAAAUGCAUUUUAAGCUUAAAAAUGCAUUUUAAGCUUAAAAAAUGAAUUUUAGGCUUAAAAGUGAAUUUUAGACUUAAACAAUGAAUUUUAGGCUUUAAAUUGAAUUUUAGGCUUAAAAAGUGUAUUUUAGGCUUAAACAAUGAAUUUUAGGCAUAUCAACUUUUCUUAGGCUUGAAGCUAGGAUUUGGGCUUAACAAAUGAAAUUUAAGCUUAUAAAACAAAAUUUAGGCUUAAAAAUCAAAAUUAGGUUUAGAAAAUGAGCUUUAGGCUUAAAAAUGAAUUUUAGGCUUAUAAAAGAAAUUUUAGGCUUAAAAAAUAAAACUGAGGUUUAAAACUUGAAUUUUGGGUUUAGAAAAUGAGGUUUAGGCUUAAAAAUGAAUUUUAUGUUUAAAAAAUAAACAUUAAGCUUAAAAAUCAAUUUUAGGCUUAUAAAAUAAAAUUUAAGUUUAAAACAUAAAUUUUAGGCUUUACUUUGGUUUAAUGAACAGUUAGGCUUAAAAACAACUUUGUUUUAAAUUUAUAUGUAAUAAUAUAAUAUCUGCAAGCCUUUACUAUUUUGCAGUAAGGCAAGGCACUUCCCAGUACAUCUAUUUAUAUAGUACUAACAUAAACAGAUGCAACUGUUGUCAACGUUCUCCUAAUCCGAGUACAACCUCUAUAAAUAUGCGAGUGGUUUUGUUUCGUUUUUUCUUACAAAUGCCAUUAUUAUUUGUAACCAAGGAAAUUGUAAGUAACGGGGUGGACACUUUUUGUUGGUCAGUCGGUUGGAAUGCCUCCGGAAACCGCUUUCAACACUUUCAGCUCUUUUUUAUGCUUUAGGCUUGUUUUUCUAUAUAAUAGGUUGUACUUUAGGUAUAGUUACUUUAGAUGGUUCUUUGUCUCUAGGGAGAGGGAUCGGGCUAGGUUAAAAUAUUCGUUUUAGCCUAAAAUUGGCUUUAAAACUUAAAUUUAUUAACUAACAAGGAAAGUACCCAACCUGCAACUCUCAGAAUUAGCUCAAAAUUUUUAUACGGAUUCUUUGUAGCACCAUUAGCACAUAUAAAAAAUCUUAGCUUGCGGUUUUAAAUUUCAAAUUUAAUAUAUUUAAAUUUUCCGCCAAUUUGGCAAAUUUGGCAUUGUGUUACAAGCACUUUUUUUGAUGUUCCAGAUAAGAUAGGCUUACAAAUUUGAAAUUGCAGGUUAAUUUGAAGUUUUUCUAUCAGUAUAUUAAAGAAAAAUAGUUAAAAAUUAAAAAUUGACAAAGUUAAAAGCUUGCAACACUAUGCCAAUUUGGCGGGAAAUUCAAAACGCGAUUUUUUGAUCUCGAUUUUCUCAAGACUGGCCGCAAACCGCAACUUAGAAUUUUACAUAAGGUCUUACAUUUACAUGAUCUUUCAAUAGAAAAAAUUUGAACGAAAUCUGAGCGUUGCAGGUCGGGUACCUUCCUUGUAAGUCGAAAUUGUAAUUUGAACGCCUGGACUGUCUUCUUUAAGCUCAAAAUGUAUUUCUUAAGCCCAAACCACUUUCCAAGCCUAAAAUUGAUUUUAUAAGCCUAAAAUGUAGUUUCUAAGCCUAAAAAAUACUUUUAAACCUAAACUAGAUUUUUUAGUCUAAAACUUAUUUUUAACCUUAAUUUUUAUCUUCAGGCCCACAUUAAUUUUUCUUUGCAUAAUAUUUUUUUAAAUUACAUUGUUUUUGUUACAGUACCCUUCAGAUGAGAUAUCAUCUCGAGACAGUGGCAUUCUAAUGGAGAACGAUCUGCCUUGGGCCCGAGGAAACCCCCAGCCCCGAAAUGGCAAACGAGGAACAGCCGGCUGGAACCAGUUCCAACGAAUGUCACCUUACAAUAGCUUUGGCAACUCUUAUAAGGUGGGUUUUGGAAAUUUUGAAUUUUGUAAAAAUUUUAAAAAAUUAAAUUGAAAAAAUUUUAAAUUUCAAAAUUCUUUUGGUUUUUUUUUUAAUUUUUGGGUGCAAAAUGAAAAUAAAAGGUUAGUUUUAGCCGUUCUGGCAAUAUAACAGACCUCUAACCCCUCUAUACCAAACGCCAUUGUACUAUGUAAGUGGAGUGCAGUGAACGUAGAGUUAGGUAGUAUGACACUUGACAAAUAUAUUACUUUACAAAAAGUGGCAAUAUUGUCAUUUUGAAGCUUUAAAAAUUGAAAAAAUCAAAUUUUGUUACCUAAAAUUUAAUAACUUUGUUAAAAUGAGUUCUUGAAAUCCAAAUUUUAACAAAAGUUGCCAUUUUUAACUCACCAAAAUAUUUUAAAAUAAGUUUGUUCCCUAAAAAGCUGUUAGUAUGUUGUCUAAAAACGCAAAACAUUGUCAAAAAUGCGUACGCCACUUGAGAUUCCAAGGACGUCUCCGAUCCAAGUACUAAUCAAGCGCACCGUUGCUUAACUUGCCAGAUCGGACGGGAUGGCGUGCGUUCAACGGGCUAUGGGCGUACACAUUCGUUUCUCUUUCUUUUUCGAAGACAAUCAAAGGGAAAUGUCUAGUUCUCUCGCAAAGGCCGUUUUUCAACAUUUUAUUUUUUCUCUGAUUUUUAGAAAAGAUUACGAAAAUAUAAUUAAACUAAAAGAGAGAGCAAAGCCUUAGGAAUUUGUAUACAAACAUGCGAGAGCACACCUCUCUCCUUGCCAGAGAUAUACAGAAAAAACGAAAGAGAAUGCGCACUCCUAUAAUAACAAAAGAGACCCCCAGAGUCCCCGAACGCCUCCAAAAACCCUGUCUUUCUCACUCGAAGAACAAAUGACAGUUUUAUUUAGAGCCGAAAGAGAGACAACAUCUUCGGUUUAUUAACCCAAGUUUGAGGUUAGCUCAUGUUUCGGCUCUGAACUCCCAGUGGCUGAUCAACGAGAAAUUUUGGAACGCUCUGCUUAUUGUGGAGCAUAUAUAAAAUGAUAAAACAUAUGUUAUGUAAUAAAAUGAAAAAAAAACGUUACAGAAACACCAUUUGCAGUCUGAAAUUAAAAAUUAAUUUUUUGAGUCUAAAGUUAUUUUUUUAAGCCUAAAACUUAUUUUUAAGCUUAUAAUUCAUUUUCAAAAUAAAAAUUCAAUUUUCAUUUGAGCCUAAAAUUUAUUUUUAAACCUAAGAUUAAUUUUCCAAGCUAAAAUUUCAUCUAUAAGCUUAACGUUUGCUUUUUAAGCCUAAAGCUUAUUUUUAAGCUUAUAAUUCAUUUUCAAAAUAAAAAUUCAAUUUUCUAAACUAAAAUUUCUUUUAUAAGCGCAAUGUUCAUUUUCUAAGCCUAAAGUUUACUUAUAAGUCUAAAACUUAUCUUUAAGCCUAAACUUAUUGCCAGACGGAAAUUUAAUUCCAUACUCAAACAUAGUGUCUCGUUUUGUCUUAUAGCUUUCAGACUUCUCACGUGCUAUUCGAUUAUCAAUUUAUUAUAAUCGCUGUAACACCCGCUGACGAUAGGCCGAAUAACAUUUGCCAAGUAAAACCUUAAAUUCCCACGUUUUUAUAUUUUUUUACUUGGUAAUGGCCAUUCGGUGUUUCUUGGCGGGUUUCCUUUAUUUUUAUGCACAUACGUUAAUAAAAAAUUUACACAGGUUUCAGCCAUCUUUUGUGAAAUCUAAUGAUUAAUCUUGUAACCUCGCGGUGGCAUGUGCAAGUUUAGUAGGCAUUCUUAUUUUUGUUUAUGGAAAGUGGCACUUUGAAAUUUAAUUUGAAAAAUUAAAAUUUGGUUUAAAGUGUAAGCAUGGCUUUGCAGGGGGAGUACAAUGGAAGGUUAAAAAUAGGGCUAGUUUUCAGUUAAGGACAAGGCCUGAGGAGAGGUGAGGCUGGUCUUUAUUUUAAGUUAGGGACAAGGCUUGGGUAGAAGAGCCUUCUCAUUACAUUAUAGUAGAGUAUGAAUACUUAAUGUAGGGCUAUGGUAAGACGUAUGUAUGUGGAGAUAGGGUUGAGUACAGUAGGCCAAGUAAGGUGAGACAAGGUUAAGAUAAGUUAGAGUAGGAUAAGACAGGGUAGAGUACGGUAGCGUAGGACUAGAACAAGCUAAGAUAUAGCAGGGUUAAGUAGGGUAGUGUAGGGUAGGAUAGGGUGUGGUAGGGUAGGGUAGGGUAGGGUAGGGUAGGGAAGGGUAAAGUAGGGUAAGAUAGGGUAGGGUUACAUUGUUUAUCCUUAAAAAAUUGUAAAUUUAAAACUUUUUUCGUAGAUUCAAAAAUUUUUUAAAAAUUUUAUUUUCAGGAUGACUUCCAAAUGCAGAUGUCAGCCCCUCCACAGCCGAUAGAUUCAAAUUUCAAUCAAACCAACCGCUCACUGGGUGCGACUAUCUUGAGUGAUCCUUUUGUGACAAAACCAAACUACUACGAUCCUAUUGAAGAUUCGAAACGUUGGGAAAAAGAACAACAUCGCCUAGAUUUACUGCGACAAAUUCAAGAAAACGAGCAGCGAAAGCGGAUAGAAAAACAAAAAGAGUGGGAGGAGGACGAACGAGAACGAUUACGGUCGGUUUUUGGGUCGAUAACUAGAAGUGGCAUUUUGAAUAUUAUACUCAAACUCGUUGUAGAGAUUCAGGAUAGUAGUAUCGUUCGUUUUUUAAUGUCUUAGAUGCUUAAAAAUGGCAUUUUAAAAUAUUUUUUGUGCUUUUCGUCGACCAAGUAUAACAAAAUUUUAAAAAGUUGUACCAAGUGUAACACUAAACUUAAAAACAUAAUUUAUGACAUUUUGUAUGUCAUAUGGUAUGACGGAACAUACUAAAACACAAUUUUUUGAAUUUUAUGAUUAGGUUUAUGAAUAAUGGCAAAAAACUGAGAUUAUAGCAAGUUUGCCGCUUUUUGAAAAAUAAAUUUUAAAAAAUUGUACCAAGUGUACCAGUUGAUCUAAAAAUGUUAUUUUGAUAUUUUGUGGUACGUUAUGGUCUUGUUAAUUGAUAAAAAAUAUAAAAGUUUGAAUUUUGGUUUUAGGGUUAGAGAUAUAGGCUUAAAACAUAGUCCUACUCUAUCAACAUUUAUGACCAUAAAAUUGGAUUUUUUAACGAUUUUUUGAAAUUUAGUGUUUACUAACCAUAUUAUCAAUAAAAAUAAGUAAUAUUUGUUGCCCGUAUUUUACAAUUAAUACAAUAUUUUAGUGCCGAACGCACACUUCAACGCCAGCGCGCAGAAAUCGACCGUGAACAGGAGGAGGUGAAGCAUCGUCAAGCAAUGGCCGAGCUGAAGGCUCAACGAGUUGCUUUGGAGGCCGAAACACAACGUUUGCAACGUCGACAACGUUCACCUAUUCCAGAUACUCGUUCCCGGAAUAUGCAAAGGGGUAUUGAAAACAAUAACAAUGGGUCUGGCACGCCACCACCUCGACUGGAGUGGUGGGAACGUAACAAAACGUGGCAGGACCGGCAGAAAGAGGCACAGUCGCCGGUUAUUCCGGCCUUGCGCGGCAAUAACAACAACUAUGCGGCUGAGAACGAUGGUACUGAUAGUCGAGUACGUAGCCGAACUAUUCAGGAUUCUAUUGGUAGUUCUGAUGGUACUGGUCUUAGUGGUACUACUAGUAAAAGUGGUCGUAAUCGGCGGCCGGACAGCGAAAAUCAUGGUUUAGCAGAUGGUACUAGUCAUAGUAAUAGUCGUAGUAACCGUACAAGCCAUAAUGGUACUGAUGUUACUAGUGGAGAAACUACAGACAGUAAUGGCUACAGUAGUACUCAAAAUACAGUAUCAAGACGGUCCAAUAGCCUAGCUGAAAAUAACUUAAGAAGAAGAGAGUACCGUACUCAGAGCAGUACGGAAAGCUCGGUUCUGCCCGAGUCACCGGUACGGAACGGCCGUACAGAGAUUUUCCAGAACGUUCAAGCACGGUCAGGCACGGGCAGUCACAGUGCAACAGUGGGAAGAUUAAGAACUGGCAGAAGUAGAAUUAGCCAAGCCAACUCGAUUGAUAGCUAUACUAGCAAUCGGUCUACUAGUACUGAAGUGAGUUUUCGGUACUGAUGGUACUGUUUUUGUUUGUUUUUGAGGGUGGAGGAGGGAGGCAAGAAAAGUUUUGUCAUUUUAUGUUUUGUAAAGAAAGUUCUUGCAAUUUUGCGUUUUUUGAAGAAAGUUCUUGCCAUUUUGUGUUUUGUAAAGAAAGUUCUUGCCAUUUUAUUCUAAAUUUCUUUAUUUUAGGCUUACCUAACCUCCCACUCAGCUAGUAGAAUGGGUGAAAGACGUCCCCAACUUCAACGUUCUACGUCUCGCACUUCUCGUCACAGCUACACACCUUCUGUAGCCAGUAGACAUUCAUCGUUGUCCCAAACUUCAGCUAUGAAAGCGUUAGAAUCAACUCAAAAGAGGCUUGAUGAAGAGUUGAGAGCUAUGAGAAAUGGUCAAUUUGCUCAGUAA